AUGCUGAAAGUGAUGGUGUUGGGAAAAUGCGAAUUUCAUCUGAUCUGUUUAGAAGAACUGGAACAAAUAGCUUUGGACCGGUCACGAAACAUACUUUACUGUUUGGGAAAAAACGGCUCCAUACAGAGUGAGGCUCAUCUAAUGACACAAUAUGGACACGAAGAGAGCACAUUUACGAAUAUUGCCACUAUUUGCGCGCUCGAAGCGGAGCAAUCAAAUCAGCUUAAUUUGGUUGCUGUAACUACGAAAGGAGUUCGAAUUUACUUUUCUGUAUUAGCUCGAAACGUUGCUGUGCCCAAUGCGCAAGGCCAGUACUUGUCGCAGAUUACCUACAAGAGCCUUUCCCAGCAAGAGGUUCGACCGCAGUGCCUCCGAGUUGCACACGUAAGGUUUUCUCCUGGGGUCACUCCUACCUCUAUAUAUCGAGAUACACCUCAAGGAGUCUCCAUCGCCUACGCUGACCAA